UGAAAGUGAAGGUACAGACAGACACGAGACGAGGAGAAAACUCAAGGAAGUAGCGCAAGGAUGCAACAACACGUAUUUUUAUCGCAAAUAUGUUGUAUGUUUAAAACUCUAGUGUAUGUUUAUCCUGAAGGGGUUUUAUAACUGAUCUUAAACAUUUCCAGCGGUGAGAACGAAUUUCCAGAAGCGGGUUUCCAGACGUCUGACAGAUUCCUGACGUGUGAAAGGUGAACACUGAGUUCAGUCUCCAUCUCAAAGGAAACUCCAGUGUACAGUAUGGAUACAGUGGGAGUGAAUGUGAUUGAGACAGCAGCUCUAGGGAGACCCUUCCAGCUGGGGAUGCUGUAUGACUGCAGGAAAGAUGCUCUCAUACCAGGAAUCACACUGUGGGAUCCAGAGAAGCUCCAGCAGAACAUACGAACCCGUCCCCAAAUUAACACAGAUUUCAGAGUCACAGCUUCAGACUCCAUUGAGGACAAAUCCAGCUUACUGAACAUCAACGGCUCUCUGAAACUCAGUCUUUUAGGAGGACUGGUCAAUGUGACAGGAGCAGCCAGAUAUCUCAACGACACCAAGAAGUCUUUCAGACAGCAGAGACUGACGCUGCAUUAUCACUCAACCUGCAGGUUUGAAGAACUGACCAUGAACCACUUGGCCUCUGAAAAUAUAGUUUAUCAUGACGUGUUUGAUAAUGAUGCAGCGACACACGUGGUGACAGCAGUGCUGUAUGGAGCAGACGCCUGCUUUGUGUUUGACAGAGAAGUGUCAGCAGAUGAGAACAAAACUACAGUAGACAGAGAAGUAAACGCAGCCCUUGAGGCAGUCAAAUACAUUUCAGUAGAUGCAAACAUCAGUCUGAAGAUGAAUGACGCGCAGAAGAAUGCAGUCCAGAAAUUCACAUGCACGUUUUACGGUGAUUUCCAGUUACCAACUAACCCGACCUCUUUUGAAGAUGCUCUGAAGGUUUUCACUGAUCUUCCAAAACUGCUGGGAGAAAAGAAAGAGCUGGCGGUUCCUCUGAGAGUUAGGCUUUAUCCUCUGGACAAACUUCACUCAAGAGCUUCAAAACUUCAGAAGGACAUCAGCAUCAAUCUAAUCCAAGAAACUGAAUCAGUGAUUAAGAGUCUAAACACAGCUGAGAUGAGAUGCAGUGAUCUUCUGAAAGACUCUCCUGCUCUGACUUUUGCAGAAUUUCAGAAUAAAAUCCUGCAAAUGAAGCAAAACUGCUGUAAGUACAAGCUGAGACUUGUGGAGAAACUUGGCUCUCUGCUGCCAAACAUCCGUGGAGAUGUGAUGAAGGAAACAGCGCUGAAUGAACUUCUACAGGAACAUGAGGAAUCUCCAUUCAGUGAAAGUGAUCUCACAGAAUGGCUGAAAGAGAGAGAAAGAGAGUCUGAGAUCAUUAAAUCAGUCCUCAGACAGCUGAAGGAUGCUGGUGCACAGGUGGAAGUCAAUCUAGAUGUCACCUGGAUGGAUCUGGAAGAUGGAAAUCUGGUCUGUUACACAUUCACAUCACUGAACUGCUUAGACAUGCUGCUUCCUCAACAAAAGACCUAUCCGAAUCCUUCAACAAAAGGAGAAAAUGAUGUGAACUGCCCUGAUUCAGAGCAAAAGACUUGGCUCAGUCCUGAGAUCCAAAAGAACAUGAAGAGCAACUUAAAGAUAUUUAAGAACUUGAUCAAAUCAGAAGACUGUAAACCAGCCAAGUUCAUUGUGUCCUCAAGAGAGUUGAAGAAUAAUCCUGGCUCCUGUAUUCUGGUGUAUGAAAGUGAAUGUGAUGAAGCUGUUUGCUUUAUUCCUCCAUCCAAACCAGUCUGUCCAGUCAUUGCAGAGGUCACAGAAAACACUGUGGUUCUGAAGGUUCCUCCAUCGUGUCCUGAUACACUGGGAUUGAGAUUACAGUAUAAACCGAAGCAGGACACAGUCUGGAAAUCUAAACCUGUGAUGAAGAAUCAACACACAGUUACUCUGACUGAUCUGAGAGCAGAGACUGAGUAUGAGAUCAGAUGUGCAGCGCAGGGGAAACUCAACUACACCGUAUACAGCGACAUCAACACAGUUUUCACAGAGGGAAGGAACAGUAUGAGUAUUGGUAUCGACUUUGAAGGAGACGGUCACUCGACUACCAGCACUUUGGGUCGUUUGUCUCCAGCCGUUUCUGAACCAUCCCAGUUUUUGAAACCAACUGCAAAGCGGAUGAUGAUUGAUUGGCUCUCUAACAGCAGAGGUCUGGAUUCUCAAAGCAACACUUCACUCAGUGACUCUGGCAUAGAAGUAUCUUCUACAGGAGCAGAUGAAGUGACCAGUGAUCCUGCAUUGAGAUCACAAACACACUCCAGUGAAGGCAGAAGAUGUCAGAAUUUGAAUGCAUUAACAGAGCCUGGUGCUUCCAGCAUCAAGCUCAAGCCAUCCAUGAUCAGCCAAGAGAGCAGCACACAGAGGCAGUCUUCAGAAGCUGAACAUUAUCAGAGAGACGAUGAAGGAGUGUAGCUUCAUGGAGCUUCUGCAGCCAUGCUUUGAAUACACUGAAUAUCUGACACUUCAUGACUCUGACAGGAUCAUGAUGAUCUUUGAUGGACUCAAUGAGUUUAAUUAUACUCUGGAUUUCCAAAAAAUAAAGAGAAUUACUGAUAUACAUGA